UGAGUGUUCGUUGUGAGUUGUUGUUACCACAACUAUGGCACGUACCAAGCAAACGGCUCGCAAGUCCACUGGUGGCAAGGCGCCCCGCAAGCAGCUUGCUACAAAGGCAGCUCGCAAGUCUGCUCCAGCCACUGGAGGUGUCAAGAAACCCCACCGUUACAGGCCUGGAACCGUUGCUCUCCGUGAGAUCCGCCGUUAUCAGAAGAGCACUGAGCUGCUUAUCAGGAAACUACCUUUCCAGCGCCUGGUGCGUGAAAUUGCUCAGGAUUUCAAGACUGACCUCCGCUUCCAGUCCUCUGCUGUCAUGGCUCUCCAGGAAGCUUCCGAGGCUUACCUCGUGGGUCUGUUUGAGGAUACCAACCUGUGCGCCAUCCAUGCCAAGCGCGUGACUAUCAUGCCAAAGGACAUCCAACUGGCUCGUCGCAUCCGUGGCGAGCGUGCCUAA